AUGGGAAAAUCUAAUAGUAAACUUAGUGAGGAACAACUUAAGGAACUUCAGAAAUGUACAUAUUGUAGGUACAAAGGAUUUCUCAAGGAUUGUCCUACCGGCGAACUUGACAAAACAGAAUUUCAAAAAAUUUAUAAACAAUUUUUUCCGUUCGGUGAUCCUUCAAGGUUUGCAGAGUAUGUUUUCAAUGUGUUUGAUGAAAAUAAUAACGGAAAAAUUGAUUUCAAAGAAUUUAUAUGUGCGCUAUCUGUGACUUCGAGAGGAAAAUUGGAUGAAAAACUAUUAUGGGCAUUUCAAUUAUACGAUAUUAAUAAGGAUGGAUUCAUAACGCACGAAGAAAUGUUAAGAAUUGUUGACGCCAUUUAUAAAAUGGUUGGAAGUAUGGUGAAGUUACCAGCAGAUGAGGACACACCAGAGAAACGUGUUAAUAAAAUAUUUAAUUUGAUGGAUAAGAACAAUGAUGGUAAAUUAAGUAUGGAAGAAUUUAAAGAAGGUUCAAAACAAGAUCCCACUAUUGUUCAAGCGUUAAGUUUAUACGACG